GAACAGAAAAGGCUUCCCCCAAGUUGGAAAGAGACGCCCUUUCUGACCAGAGUCAAAGUUUCCCUGAAGCUUGUCUCGCCCAGCUUCCCCAUUGGCUCAUGGGAUCCACCCCCUUCAGGGUUCCUCCCCCUACUCUGCAAGUUCUGGGAGAGGGGACAUUCCCUGAGAGGCCAAGGGUCACCACGACGCCAUGACUGAGUCUGGCAAGCCCAUCCUCUACUCCUAUUUCCGGAGCUCCUGCUCAUGGAGAGUUCGAAUCGCUCUGGCCUUGAAAAGCAUCGACUACGAGACCGUACCUAUCAACCUCAUAAAGGAUGGGGGACAGCAGUUCUCUGAAGAAUUCCAGGCACUGAAUCCAAUGCAGCAGGUGCCGGCCCUGAAGAUUGACGGAAUCACCAUUGGCCAGUCACUGGCCAUCAUUGAGUACCUGGAGGAAACUCGGCCCACUCCACGCCUCCUGCCGCAGGACCCGAAGAGGAGGGCCCAGGUGCGCGUGAUUUCCGAUGUCAUUGCCAGUGGCAUCCAGCCUCUGCAGAACCUGUCCGUCCUGAAGCAAGUAGGACAAGAGAACCAGCUGACCUGGGCCCAGAAGGUCAUGCGCUCUGGCUUCAACGCUCUGGAGCAGAUCCUGCGGAGCACAGCGGGGAAGUACUGUGUGGGAGACGAGGUGUCCAUGGCUGAUCUCUGCUUAGUGCCUCAGGUGGCAAACGCUGAAAGGUUCAAGGUGGAUCUCACUCCCUACCCUACCAUCAGCCGCAUCAACAAGACGCUGCUGGCCUUGGAGGCUUUCCAAGUGUCUCACCCCUGCCGGCAGCCAGACACACCGCCUGAGCUGCGGGCCUAGCUCCCCAGCUGUGCCCCAUGGGUGAGGGGGCAGGGAGAGGGUGCAGGAGCAGAAGCUGAGGGGGAUGCUGAACAGGCCUGGCAACAAGCAAGCCCUAACUGGAGAAGCAGGAGACCUGAACUCCUUGAACUUGGACUAUAGCCCUGGAUCUGCCUUCCCACUGAACCUCCUUGUGCCUCAGUGCCCUCAUCUGUCCAGUGCGGGUGGCAUGGGGGAGAGGAUCCUGGGAGGGAGGGAGGCAGGAACAUCACCGGUCAUCUAUGUCGUGGGGCAGUCGUGAAGGUGAGGUGAGAAUGUAGCCUAAAAUGCUUGGUGGGCUUGGCAAAGAGACAUAAGGGAGCCGGCGCGCCUCUUCCCAUGCCCACAGCUGUACCUGACUCCAGAGAAUGCCCACGCUGAAAUUUGAUAAUUAAACUGAAGCCCAGGCCUCCAGGUUGUACAGUUAAGGCUGAGCUGCAUUCCAGAAGAUGAACACUCUUCCUAGCUGGAAUCCCCCUGCAUCUGGGCCAGGAGAGAAAAAAGUCCAAAAGCCUGCCAGAGAGAAGCAGACCAGAUCCAGAAGAGAACAGACAGAAGCGGCAGGAAAGGAAGCAUUUUGUGACCAGCUGAGUUUGCAGGGCUAGAAGGGUACCAGGAAGUGGCCCACUGGAGCACGGAGGGGGAAGCUGGCGCCCUCAACCCAGAACAGCCCUAGGAGUAGGCCCUUGGAAUAAAUACAGUCAUGAAGGGCCCUGGGAAUCAGAGGCAGGCUCCUCCAUGGUCAGCGUGACCCGCCACUGCCCAGGCUGGCUCCGGACCCCACGCAGCUAGCAGCUUGCCUUGAGAUGAGAUACCUUCUGGGAGUGGAACAAGAUGACUUUUAUGUCCUGUACCUGAGAUUUCAUUUCCCCUGCAUGGCUAAGGCUUCAACAGUGAGUUCAGGUAGAUGUGUCUGGCUCACAUGGAAGCCACCACUCUCAGCCAUGAGUCCCUUUUCUUCAGCCCCGACCCCAGGGCACCUAGUGCUCCCAACCUCCCGGGCUCCUUUGUGGCCUUUCUUUCCUGAACUUGGGUUCUAGGCUUUAGAAUGACCAAAAUGGGCCACUCUUGUUCCUGAGACGCGCUGGUCCUGGCAGAGAAAAAAGCACAGGGCGUUCCGUGAGACACAGCAGUGUUGGAGACUCGGUGGCUCCCCCUGCCCUGCCGCCAUCUUUCCGUCCACUUACUCCAGGCUUGCGCGGCUGGGUAAAGCUCCCCCCCUGCGCUCUGUCCAGGAAACCUUGACUCAAGAGACUGAUCUCCUCAGCGCUGGGAUCAGGACUCGCACCUGAUUUAGACAUUUGGAGUUGAAGGUGAUUAAAGUCCCCAUAGAUUUUAAAGACACCAGCUUGCAGUGAGCCUUCCCCGGUGACUUCCCCACCUGGGAGCUGGAACGUGUGGCUUUGUGACUGGGAAUGUGGCAGACGUGGCCGUUGCUCUUCUUGAACUCCUGUCCCUCACUUACCCUGGGAAAUUUCCUUGGCCCCUUGGAACUCUCCCACUCAGCAUGGUUAGUCUGUUACCUGUCUGCUUGUCUGUCUGAUCCAAAAUGACUUCUAAGAGUUGCCGUAUUUCGGCUCAGGUCUGCUCCUGGAUACUAUGAGAGUAUUAACUCGUUUAACCUGGGACUCUAUCAGCCAUCCUGAAACUGGUGGCAAAAGCCUAAUGGAUUGUAAGGAAAUCUAAACCAGGUAAAGAGGUGAUACAGCCUGUUGUCAAAACAUUCUAGAAACCAUCCCUCAUCUGUUGCACAAAACUCACUUCACAUAUUUUUCUCCAUAGUUCUGGUCCUCUAGUUCAACAGGACUUUUCUGGUAUAUUCAGAUGUAAAUUGAAAAUCAGCUGUGGGUAGAUGGGAGGAGAGAGAACCCAUGUUGGGGGGUUUCCUCUGGGCUCAGCAGAGAUCCUUGGAGUCCCAUUUCUGAGGCUCUCCUUUCUAGCUGACUUUCCCUGGACCCCACCCCACCCCCAAACUCAGACAAACCUGACCUUACCCCACAAAAACAGAAAUGUGUUCAAGCCAGAGAAACUCAUCUUGGGCUCCUCUGAGGUGACUCACCUGGAACGUGCUGGGUUCCUGCAAGCACCCCACAUCGAUCCUCUGCACCACUCAGAGGGAGUGACUAAACCUUUGUGGCUCUCGGCUGCACUGGCUUUAGGACAGUGGCCCAUCCAUCCUACCUCAUGAUGUUUCAGUAAAGGAAAUUUUUGUGUUUUAAAGCUAGAACCUAAACCUCGGGAGCUCUCCACACAGCUGGUAGCACCACAAGCUGGUCUUAGGCCCAGGGCUGGGGACCACCCCUGCCACCUUCUUCACCCAGACCUGAGGAAGAGUGCCUGGGCUCUCCAGGGCCUACAACGACUCUGGGUGUCUCCCGCAGCUUUUGGCGGACCAGGCCUGUGAGGAAGUGAUGGAACUGGGGGGCUGCAAGGCAGGCCCGGGGAGCCACCAGCUCAGGGUAAACUGAGGGGUGGAAAAGGAGUGUGGAGAGGGGCUUUGGAUGCACAGAGGACCAGAGUAUAUGAGAAAGGAGAGUGGUCUGGUUUAGGGGCUUGCAGUUUUGAGUCAGAAUGAGGCUGUCACUCUGUGUUCCAGCCCUGGGCCCUCCGAGGAGUCCGGGUCACCAGCAUGGGCAGCUGACCUGCUGUUGAGGGGUGUGGAGACCCGAGACUUUCCUGGCUUCAGCCGUCCUCAUUGGGAACCCUCCUCUGGGGACCUGUGGCUGGAUAUAUGGGAGACAGGAGAACUCUCUUUAUUCCUAGAGGAACUCAGCUGUGCUCUAGGGAGUAAGAGAAUGCAGCAUUUCGAAACCAUCUUCCCUACAUGAGAGCAGAGUUCCCUCGAGCACCUCUAGGGCUGCACUCCCGACCCCCCCGUUCCCCCCGUGCCAUGCAAGGGGACUAGCCUUGCUCCUUAAGCGCUUGUUAGAUAGAAACCCGUCCCUGUACAGCCAUGGCUGGCAACCCCCCCUCCUGGAAUGUCUCUCCUCUUUGGGGGGCCCUAGAAGAUCAUGAAGGAGCAAAUAUUUCCCUAAGUGCUAAGACUGGUCAGAUCGAAUGGCUCCAAGGCUUAGCAAUAAUUAGACUUCUCUAAAGGGCUUUGAAAACUACCUCUUCUGUGACUUCCUUAUGUCUGCAACUAAGUUCUUGUCUUCAGGGGUCAGAGGUAUUGCUCAGUUCAAAACCAUCACCUAUUUUGGGGACAUUUUCCAAUAGGGGCUUCUCUCUACAGGCUGAGUGGGCGGUAAAAGUCAAGUCCUUCAUUCCCACCUCAGUUGUCAGAUCCUUGACUCUGGAUGUCGGAGGUCACAGGGAGACCUGAUCUGCAACCACAAGAGGAGUGGCCACAGGGGAUGACGGGCAGAUGCUGGAGUGGCCUGAUACUGCUAAUUAGGUGCAAAGGGUUUUUCACCACUAUAGAGGUAGGAAGUCCUGGCAAAUACUUCAGAAGGAUGAAAACAGGAAGGAGAAGCUGCCGGGAAAUACUUGAGCACAAAGCAAAACAUACAGGAUUUUGUUCCAAAGCAAAAUACAUAUCCAUUAGGGCACCUGGGUGGCUCAGAUGGUUGAGCGUCUGCCUUCAGCUCGGGUUGUGAUCUCGGGGUCCUGAGAUGGAGCCCCACAUCAGGCUCCCUGCUCUGCGGGGAGCCUGCUUCUCCCUCUCCUUCUGCCCUCCCCCUUCUCAUGC